AUGGGUGUGACCGAUUUCUCUUGUGGCCGCAAGGCUUUGGUUUUGGGGCUGCUUGCUUCGGCCGUUGCUGCUCAUCCUCAGGCACAUCAUGCGAAACCCUCUCGUUGGAGAACGCAUAGCAAUGUUACUUACCCAUACCAAAAUGCAUCUUUAUGUAUUGAUGAGCGACUGGAUGAUCUGAUCUCGCGGAUGACUGUCGCAGAGAAGGCAGGCCAGCUUUUUCACACUCAGAUGAUGAUGGGGCCAAAUGGUACACUCGACCAGGGCGAUGAGACGAGAAACAGCACAACUACGAUGAUCUCCAACAUGUUCCUCACCCACUUCAACCUCGCGAGCGAUGUCGUCAAUGUCACGCAGACCGCAGAAUGGCACAACACUGUUCAAGAGUUGGCACUGAACACUCGUCUGGGUAUCCCGAUCACAUUCUCCACGGACCCUCGACACGCUUUUACUGAGAACCUUGGAACUGGCUUCGCUGCGAAUGCUUUCUCGCAGUGGCCGGAGAGCUUGGGGCUUGCUGCGCUUCGAAGUGCAGAGACCGUGCAGUCAUUUGCGGAAGUUGCAAGAGAAGAGUAUAAGGCUAUUGGGUUGCGAUCUGCUCUACACCCUCAGAUCGAUCUCUCUACAGAAUAUCGAUGGGCUCGUAUUGCCAAUACCAUGGGCGAGGACGCAGAUUUGACCUCUGAACUUGUCGUUGCGUACCUCAAGGGUUUCCAGGGAGAGGAGUUUGGAACACAUUCGGUGACCACUGUUACCAAGCACUUCCCAGGUGGUGGGCCUAUGGAGAAUGGCGAAGACAGUCAUUUCACUUAUGGCAAGAACCAAACUUAUCCUGGCAACAACUUCGAGCACCACUUGAUCCCAUUCAAGGCUGCCAUUGCCGCAGGUGCGCGUCAAAUGAUGCCAUACUACUCUCGCCCUAUCGGUACCGAGUACGAAGAGGUUGGAUUCAGCUUCAACAAGGGCAUCAUUACCGAUCUCCUCCGCAACGAAUUGGGCUUUGAUGGAAUUGUCUGUUCCGAUUGGGGUCUGAUCACCGAUACUGUGAUCCUCGGCCAAGACAUGCCUGCACGUGCCUGGGGUGUGGAAUAUCUCAACGAGCUGGAACGCGCUGCCCGCGUCCUCGAUGCUGGCGUUGACCAGUAUGGUGGCGAGGAACGUCCUGAGCUCAUUGUCGAACUUGUCGAGAACGGCCGUAUCUCUGAAGAACGCAUCGACUUGUCUGUCCGCCGCUUGCUCCGAGAGAAGUUUGCACUUGGUCUGUUCGACAACCCAUAUGUGGAUGUGGAGAAGGCCGCGCAUAUUGUUGGCAACGAUGAGUACGUCAAGUUGGGUGCUCAAGCUCAACGUGACGCAUACACUCUCUUGACAAACAAGGACAACAUCCUGCCUCUGAAGGACUUCUCUGGCAAGGUCUACGCUGAAGGUUUCAACUCCACAUACCUCACCAGGCGCAACAUCGAAGUGGUCGACACACCUGAGGAAGCUGAUAUCGCUUUCCUUCGUCUGCAAGCACCAUACGAGCCUCGUCCUGGUGGCUUCGAGGCCCGCUACACUGCCGGUUCGCUCGAAUACAAUGCUACUGAGAAAGCUCGUCAAGCUGAGAUUUACGCUGCUGUUCCUACCAUCGUGGACGUCUACCUCGGACGUCCUGCAGCUAUUCCCGAAGUCGCAGAGCAGGCUGCCGCGUUCUUGGGCAGCUUUGGAAGUGGCCCAGACGCAUUCUUGGACGUAAUCUUUGGGGUUGAUGGUGCGGAGCCAAAGGGCAAGCUGCCAUUUGAUCUUCCCCGGAGUAAUCAGGCUGUGGAGGACAGCUUCGAGGAUGUGCCGUUCGAUACUGCAGACCCGCCAUUCAGAUUUGGCGAUGGAUUGAGGUACAAGAAGGGCUAUUAG